AUGUUAGAAUUUCAGGUGAAGGAUCAUACCUACUUUCUUUCAUAUCUCUCACAAGCUCAGCUUAAAAGACUAGUGCUUCCUCUUGGAUGUAUUUACUAUUUAAACCAAUCAAAUUAUCAGGAUGAAGUCCGAAGGCUUUCCCGGAUAGUGGAUUUGCCUAACCAAGAAAGAAGGGAUUCACAGGAAUAUGCUUUCUUGGGAAGGUUAUUAUUAGAAGCUGAAACAGGUGAUUUUUUAGGAAGCGCCCUCUCAAAAUUGCGGUUCUUCUCAGUGGUGGCGUUGAUAGCAGUGUCGCACUUCGCCUCCUCCGCAACCGGACAUUCCUGCACCGCUUUCUACCUUAAAAUCUGGUUCCAAGAUGAAGUCCGAAGGCUUGCCCGGAAAUUUGAUUUGCCUAACCAAGAAAGAAGGGAUUCACAGGGAAUAUGCUUUCUUGGGAAGUUUGGAAAAGAGGCAAAGUUAGACAUGUUUGAGCUUCCUGCAAAGAUAAAGCUGCUGCCAGAUCCAUGGACACCUGAAUUUGGAUUAGUGACAACUGCACUCAAGUUAAAGAGGGAGCAAUUGAAGGCCAAAUUUAAGGAUGAUUUCUAA